CAAGUUACUUCCUGGUCCUGUUUCUGUAACAAGGAUACAAUAGCACAGAACAGAGUUAAGUACAUUUAGUCUUUUUUAUUUUUUUGAGAGUAGAUCAGUAUUUGUUCUUUCGUGUGGACCCCAGGAAUAAUGUCAAACACUUUCUGGAAGGUAAUGGGGAUUCAAAAAAAGAAAUAAAGGAAUACAUUAAUAGUGAAGCUAAGAAGGUAGACACAUACAUGGUCACACCAUCGUUUUAGGUUAAUUCCUGUUGAUGUACUUAUUGAUUGACUUGAUCAAGAGAUCAGCCCCUUCCAGGAUCAUCAACAUCAUUCUAUAGCCCACAGCUGGGGCAACACCAACCUGGACGACAUCAAACGUGAGAAGGGCUACAACAAGAACAAGGCCUACAGCCAAAGCAAACUGGCCAACAUCCUCUUCACUCAUCUACUGGCCAAGAGGCUAGAAGGUACCGGUGUGACUGCCUACUCCCUCCACCUGGAGUGGUCCAAACUGACCUGUGGAGACACCUCAACCCUGCACAGCAGGCUGUCAUGAAGAUGGUCAGCCCGUUCACCAAGAACUCAGUCCAGGGAGCUCAGACAACCAUCUACUGCGCUGUGGACCCUGGACUGGAGACCAAGAGUGGUGGAUAUUACAGUGACUGUGCCCCUGCCACCUGCUCCAGGGCUGCCACAGACGACAGCGUGGCUCAGAAACUGUGGGAUCUCAGCUGUCAGAUGCUCUCUAUAUCCUGGGAUUGAUGUGUGUCGACGUCAUCCAACUGCUACCUUUUGAAAUAUAGUGCAAGUUUACACAAAAUGACCAAGUGGAGAUUCCACAUACAAUUUGAGCAUUUAUUAGCUUUGAACUUUGUUCUGUAAUUGGUUGGGAAUGAGUAUAGAACAUUUUCCACAGAGAUGUAACAUUGAGCAGCUUACUCUCACAAACCAAAGAUUAUUGUUCCUGUAGACAGGUACAUAAUAUACUGGAUGUAAUAACAAUAUAAAUCUGCUUGUGGGACCUGGCGAGUUAUUGCUUGUACUCUUCAUAAAAAAAUGUAUUCUUAUGUAUUUAUAAAUGUAUUGCGGGUAAUUUGUCUGUUCUGUGACAUCACCGUUCAUUGUUGCAUCUGAUGCAGAUUUUAUUAUUCCACAUAUUACUGUUUACAUAUUACUACCUUCUCAGGAGGCUUAUCUUGUUGCCACAGACAGUAAUAGCACACUGUAUAAAAGGGUCUGCUAUCAGACCUGACGGGAAUCCAGAGCAGGAAAGUUGUUCAUGUAAAUCUACACCUUAAUUUCUUAUAGAGAAGUUACGUUGAGAAGAAAAUGCCUGGAUUCAAGACAAACUGCAUUGAAAAGCCCUUAUCAGAGGGUUUUGGAAAACUGGGCAACUUUGUUGGAAGGCAUUACUGGUGUUUUUUUAUUAUUCCUCUGUUGGUGUCAGCCGGUCUCGGAGGAGGAUUCUACUUCCUCAAAGACAGAGAGGCAAAUGGAAUUGAAGAGCAGUUUACACCCGUGAAUGGACCUGCUAAAGACGAGAGACUCAUUGUCAAAACUAACUUCCCAAACAAUGACAGCGAAUUCUCUCGCUUGAGACUGUAUACUGAAGGGACUUUUGCAUCUCUGAUUUUGAGUGACACAGAAAAUGUGCUCUCAAACAAAGGUUUUGCAAAGAUUGUUGAAAUGGACCAACUUGUUAAGGAUAUUAAAGUAGCAACAAUUGGCUUCAGUGACAUUUGUGCUAAGAUUGCUGGAGAAUGUAUGACAAAUUCCAUUUUUUACAUUGUUAAAACUCCUGCUGAUGCUGAUAGCACACCCAUUACAUACCCAUUUAAUGGUAGUAUUUUCACUGCCUCUGAGAUUGGUGGUGUGAAACUUAAACCAGGGUCAGAGCAAAUUGAGAGUGCAAAAGCUAUCAGGCUAUUUUAUUUCUUAAAUGAUGUGAACCAGACUGUAAAUACAAUUUGGCUGACAAAGUUCAUCAACAACAUUUCAAAAAUUGAAGAUAACGAGAUGUCAGUUUCUUAUUUCACUUCACUAUCAAGGGAAGAGGAAUUUGAAAAGAGCACAGACUCCAUCAUUCCUUUGUUCUCAGUGACGUAUACCAUCGCCAUUACUUUUUCUAUCAUGUCAUGUAUGAGGUUGGACUGUGUGAGGAAUAAGGUGUGGGUGGCCACCUUCGGUGUCCUCUCAGCAGGCUUGGCAGUGGUGUCCAGUUUUGGGUUGUUGCUCUACUGUGGGAUGCCCUUCGCUACCACUGUGGCAAGUGCUCCGUUUUUGAUUCUGGGAAUCGGUGUUGAUGAUAUGUUCAUCAUGAUUUCUUGCUGGCAGAAGUCUCAAGUUAACCACAGAGUAGAGGACCGUAUGGCAGAGACGUACAAAGAUGCAGCAGUUUCCAUCACCAUCACAACGCUGACCGACGCCUUGGCUUUCUAUAUUGGUCUCUUAACUCCCUUUGCCUCUGUGCAGUCUUUCUGUAUGUAUACUGGCACUGCAGUUGUAUUCUGUUACUUGUACAACAUCACUUUCUUUGGUGCGUUCUUAGCACUGAACGGACACAGAGAGAAAAGCAACAGGCACUGGCUGACCUGCAUGAAGGUACCAGAACCCAGCUCUGCCCAGUACAACACAUGUAGUGAAGGGGGCUACUAUGUUAAAGACACAGGGAAGGAAGAACCAAUGCCAAUCAACAACUUUUUCAAAAACUAUUAUGGGCCAUUUCUGACAAAGAAGUUGACCAAGGGGUUUGUAAUGCUCCUCUAUGCUGGGUAUUUGGCUGCAAGCAUUUAUGGCUGCUUCCAAAUGAAAGAGGGCAUCGAUCUGAAACAGUUAGCAACUGAUGGUUCAUAUGUGGGUAGCUAUUAUGAUGACGAAGACCAGUACUUUUCAGAAUUCGGCCCAAAUGUGAUGGUUGUUGUGACAGACACACACUUCCUAUACUGGGAUGCUAAUGCCCGGGACAAACUUGAUGCUUGUCUUCACAAGUUUGGGGAUCUAACCAUUGAUAAUCGACCACUGGUCGCCGCAAAUAUGACUAUAUCUUGGCUAAAUCAAUAUAUGACAUAUGGAAAUGCAAUAAGUUUGAAUCUUACUGACAAAAAAAUCUUCAUUGAUAAUUUACCAAUUUUUUUCAAUCUUUCAUCUGCCACACACGCUUUUAGACAGGAUGUGAACUUUUCAGUGACUGAAGGGCAUAUUUAUGCCUCCAGAAUGUUUGUCCAGACAGUUGAUAUUCGGACAGCCAUUGAUGAAAAGAACAUGCUGAAUGAGUUCAGAAAGACAGCUGAAGCCUGUCCUGAGGCCUUGGUUGUCUACCACCCUGCUUUCAUUUUCUUUGAUCAAUAUGUAGUCAUUGUUACUAACACCAUCCAAAACAUUGUUGUGGCCACUGUUGCUAUGCUGGUCAUCUCUCUUCUGCUAAUUCCCAGUCCCAUAUGUUCCCUAUGGGUGACCUUUGCCAUUGCCUCGGUCAUAGUUGGAGUUGCUGGUUUCAUGGCUUUAUGGGAUGUUAACCUAGACUCUGUCUCCAUGAUCAAUCUUGUCAUCUGCAUCGGGUUCUCAGUGGACUUCUCAGCUCACAUUUCUUAUGCCUUUGUCACAAGCAAACAGCCCACAGCUGAUGACAAAUUAAUAGAGGCUGUUUUUAACUUGGGGUAUCCUAUCAUUCAGGGGGCUCUGUCUACUAUUUUAGGAGUAGUGGUUCUGUCUGCAUCUGAGAGCUACAUCUUCAGAACAUUCUUUAAAAUAAUGUUCCUGGUCAUCUUGUUUGGGGCUUUACAUGGUGUGACUUUUAUACCAGUGUUUUUAACCUUCUUUGGAAAAUGUAGCACUCAAAUCAGUGAUGAAAUGAAGGACAUUGGACAGUCAGAAACAUCAAACCCACCAGUUAACACUUAUGCAAAUCAGAUGAGUAACGGCAAAUACAAUCCUAAUUUAAAUGUUUAA